UUUCAUAAAUUGUCUAGUGAAAUGUUAAUUGAUAUUGAAUUUUAUAUGCAUUUAACAGAAGAUAUAGAUGCUAAAAUACAAUACAAUCUUUUAAAAGCAAAAUAUCCAGAUAAGCAUAUUGAUAAAAAAGAUCUGUAUAAUGCUAUUCAACGGUUUCGUAUACCAUUACAUGAGAAAGUAAAAACAGAUGCUGCAAAAACUCUUCAAAAAUUAAUAGCAUUAAAGACAGAUGAUCUUGAAUAG